UAUUACCAAAUAUUGAAAUGUCGUGCUGCAUAAGUGUUUACAUAUCAACAAAUAUAACGGAAAUAUUUUGCCUCACCAGGUGGCAGGAUUACCAAGGUUAAAACGAACUUGAUUACUUUCUUUAUGUAUGCUACUGCUAUUUGUAGUGGAAGUGUGGGUUAAAAAUAAGUUACAACUACGUUAAAAAAAUGGGCACCUUCAUGUUGUGCAAACAUGUUUCAACUUUACCCCAGUUCCUUCCCCGUGGAUUAAUUGUUCGUACUGCUCAAACAGCAGCAGCAACAGCUCCAAAGGCAGAUGCUCGACUGAAGACCUUCUCUAUUUACAGAUGGGACCCAGACGUGCCUGGGAAGAAACCAAAAAUGCAAACUUUCAAAGUGGAUCUUAACUCAUGUGGCCCCAUGGUCUUGGAUGCUCUGAUCAAAAUCAAGAAUGAGGUAGAUCCCACUCUGACUUUCCGCAGAUCCUGCAGAGAAGGUAUUUGUGGAUCUUGUGCUAUGAAUAUUUGUGGCGUCAACACGCUGGCUUGUACUUGUAAGAUUGAUGAGAGCCUCAGUAAAACCACCAAGAUUUACCCUCUACCACAUAUGUAUGUCAUUAAAGACUUGGUUCCCGACAUGAAUAAUUUCUAUCAACAAUACAAGUCAAUCCAACCUUGGCUUCAUAAGAAGGAGGAAGGAAAACUUGGACAGAAACAGAACUUGCAGAGUGUGGAAGAUAGAGCCAAACUUGAUGGUCUGUACGAGUGUAUCCUCUGUGCGUGUUGCUCAACUUCUUGUCCUAGCUACUGGUGGAACGGUAAUCGUUACCUGGGUCCUGCUACCUUGAUGCAAGCUUAUCGCUGGGUGAUUGAUUCCCGAGAUGAGGCUACAGAAGAACGUUUGGGAAAGCUGAAAGAUCGUUUCUCUGUUUAUCGUUGUCACACUAUCAUGAACUGCACCAAAACAUGCCCCAAGGUAACUAACAUUUUUAUCUUAACUGGU